UGCUCCGAGCCGCCCCGCGCUCUGCCCAUGUGACACGACGCCGCACUGUAAACAAAACAAUGCAACAAGGGCGCUGACGUCACUGCGCAUGACAUCCAAUCGUCGCCGGCCUCCGUGGCGCGACCGCCACUGAUUGGUUGGCGCCGAGCUUAGCCGGCCGGGGCAGAAUUCCAAAGCCCGUCAAUCAAAGCUCUCGCCGUGGUGGGAAGGGCAAAGCUGAUGCAGCGUGCACUGUCAAACCGUGCACGUAAUACUCUUAAACUGUUGUGUGUGUGUUUGUACCUUAAUGCAUUGAAACUUGGCGCGUGUUCACUGUCAGACCAUGUGUGUGCAUUUGACACUCUCGAACCCCUGGCGGGGGUUGUGCACUGUUAAACCCUGUGUGUACACACAAUAUUUAACACUUUCAGAUUGUGUGCGCGUACUUUGUAUUUUAAAGGGACUACAAUGUACGUUCACAAGAAUGAUACCCGGACUUCUGAGGUAAAUUUGUAUAAUCAAGCCUGUUUUCUGUAGAAUUUAGAAGGUCAAGGGAUGAUCUGAUCAAAGUCUUCAAGGUAUUAACAGGAAAAGACAAGGUAGAUAAAGAUAAACUAUUUACACUGGCUGGGAAUUCUAGAACUAUGGACAUAGUCUAAGCAUUAGGGCCACACUAUCCACGAGACUUGUUACAAAACACUUCUACACAAAAGGGUGGUAGAUGUUUAGAACUCUCUUCCACAAAUGGCAGUGGAUGCUAGAUCAGUUGUUAACUUCAACUCAGAUAAAUUUGUGUUAAGCAAAGCUAUUAAGGAGUAUGAGCCAAAGACGGAUAUAUGGAGGUAGGCCUAGGUCAAGUUUGAGGAACUGAAUGAUCUACUCCUCUGAUGAAGGGUCUAGGCCCGAAACGUCAGCCUUUCUGCUCCUAUGAUGCUGCUUGGCCUGCUGUGUUCAUCCAGCUCUGCACCUUGUCUCGGAUUCUCCAGCAUCUGCAGUUCCUACUAUCUCUGAUCUACUCCUCUGUUCAUAAUACUCUUAAACUGUGUGUGUACUGCGCAUCUAAUAUUCUUAAAUCCAUGGCUGGGGGCUGCAGCAGCAUGCUGUUUCAAACCGUGUAUUUAAUAAUCUUAAAUACUCUUUCAACCUGUGGACUCUGUGGAUUUAAUACUCAUAAACGAAGUCUGUAUUCUAGUGUAUUUUCAAACUAUGUGUACUUUGUAUUUAAUACACAACCUAUAUAUAACGUAGAGUUUUUUGAAACUGUGCUGCAUAAGUCAUGCUCUUUUGAACUGUAUACUGUACUUUUAAGGUUCUAUCAAAGUAUUAUACGUAUACCAUAUAUUUAGGGAUCAUUGAAACUAAUGUAUAGAUAUUUACUGUAUAUUUAGUUCUGUUUGAAACAAUGUACACAUAUGUGUAUAGUAUGUUUAGCGUUCUCUUCGGAGGGCGUGUGUAAACUGCUGUCAAGACGAAGGAGAAAUGUGACAUGUACUUAAUUGUGGGAGCUGUCGUCUUCCGUAGUGAUCUGACACCCCCUCCUCCCACUCACACCUGACAGAAACCCAUGAUUCCAUGCAGCAGUGUAUUAGGAAUGGGGCGAUCGACACAGUGUCGUGGCGAAAAGUUCAGAUUUUUUAUCCUUCACAGUAAACAAAAACAGGAAAAAAAUGCAACUACUUUGUGCUCCAUAGGAGUGAAAGCAGAUCCGACUGGGAACCAAACAUCAUCUCCAUUCCAGACUUAGCAUCACAAGCAUGUCAAGAGGUGAGCUUUAUGAGCAAUCUUCUCCUAGCUCAAGGUGCGAAAGCAUCCAGUUGUCUCCAAACUUCGUUACAACAUGUCCGCUCUUUAAUCUUAAUUUCUUGCGUGGACCAAACUCCUCUGUUACCCCAUCUUCGAGAUCCAGCAGGUUGUCCAGUGGAUACUAUUCUCUUGACACAGACAGUGGACAGAUGACUAAACCCACAAGCUGCGACAAGUCUACACAGACUCCAAGCCCAACCUGCCAAGCCAUCUACUAUACGCAGCACGCCUUGGCACAAGCACAGCUUUUACAGAAUCGUGGCACAGAAGGGAUACACCCAUCUGGAACGCAGGAAGGCUCUCCAUCAGUGCCCAUGGAUGUUCAGCCUGAAGUAUGGAUUGGACAAGAACUGCGAAGGAUUGGUGAUGAGUUCAAUUCUCAUUAUCAAACAGGAAGGGCAAGAAAUCACAGACCACCAAAUAACCAGAAUGGAAAUUUUUGGCACUUGGUGGACAUACUGUGCAGGAGAAGGAUCAAUGGUGUGUGAUCAACUCACUCUUCAGUUUUACUACUGAAAGGAAACCCAGCAAAAAAUGUAGCCCAUUUAAUAACAGACUAAAUGGCUGAAGGUUUCAGCAGUUUCGACCCUUGCUUUUACUUCAGACAGAAAUCAGCUUUUCUUCUCCUUGUCUGUAUGUAUAUUUUGACAUUAAAGUACAAUGGAAUGGACAUCAGCUCACUGGCUGAACCACUGCUACAGCCCAUCAUUUUGCUGAAGUUCCCUGGAAGACGGCAGUGGGUGUGGAUCUCUCGUCAGGUAAAAACCUGCAGGACAGUUCAGCGGUGGAUUAAUUUUGAACCCUUUCAUUGUGGUCCACAAGUGUUUCCUGCAAUUAUUGGCACCUGAGCCAGAAGAUAUCAAGAGCUGCCUUACGUUUCCCCCAACACACAAUCAAAUACAAUCUGAAUUGUUUUCAUAACACACCCUUUUUUUUAUAUAACAGAAAUGAUGUUCAACCCCUGCAGCCCUGAGAUGAAUAGAGGUGUACAUGUGUAAGUUAUUUUGAACUGUAUAUUUAUUAGAUGUAGAGCAACUUGUGUUUUUUUUAAGUUUGUUUCCUCCUCUCCUCCUUUUGCUCUGUAAAUCAUUGGCAAACUGAAUCAUAACACAUGCUGUCUGCGACUUUCUUUUUGUUCCCAUGCUGUUAAUUUUUGCUUGAAGUUAUUUAAUUUCACUUUACUUCUUGCAGUAUUUUCAUACACUGAACAGGACCCAGUAUAUUAUUAGCGAAUGUUAAGUAAUUCCCCACCUCUUAUCACAUCCCAUCUCUAACUAUGCACUUCUACCAACCCUGGAUUUCUUUUUCCUCCAUUUCAAUUUGAUUUUAUUUCUUUGCACUGAUGUCUAAAGGGGAAUUGACAAUUUUUAACUGUGCAAUACCGCUGUACAUAGCUACAAGGCUUUAUGUACAAAAAUACUUUGUGUCUUGCAACUUGUGUAAUUUUGAAGUACAGAUUUUUUCUUACAAUAAAUGUGCUAAAAAAUCAAACCAAAGAUCCUUUACCAUUUCGGUUUGGUUUUAAUUCUA